CACGUUUCUCCCUUUCCAAUUCACAUGACAAUAUUUUCGAACCUAAAAUGUUAACGUUAAACUCGAUUUGUGCAGUGCUUAUAGCUUUGAUCGUUGUCAAAGUAGAUGCUAGCUAUGUCUUAGAUGAUCAGGAUGGUUUAGGAAGACAAUAUGAUGGCAUUGGAGGUCUCAGUGGUGGAGGGGCAACUUCUAAAUUGUUGAUGAACUAUCCUGACAAACAGAGAAAUGAAAUCCUGGAUUACUUAUUCAAGCCUAACUUUGGAGCUUCCCUCCAAAUACUGAAGGUAGAGAUUGGUGGAGAUUCACAAAGUACAGAUGGUACUGAGUCAUCCCACAUGCAUGAGAGCUGGGAUGAGAACUACAAGAGAGGAUAUGAAUGGCAGCUCAUGCUGGAGGCUAAAAAGAGGAAUCCAAAAAUCAAGCUAUAUGGUUUACCAUGGGCAUUCCCAGGAUGGGUGGGCAAGGGAACCAGGAGCCCAUACAAGUUCCCAGAACUCAGUGCCAACUAUAUCACCAAGUGGUUAGUAGGAGCUAAGGUGCACUACAACCUAACCAUUGAUUAUGUUGGGAUUUGGAAUGAAAGACCAUAUGACAUAACAUACAUUAAGACAUUGAGGAAGAUGCUGGACAGCAAUCUGCUGGAGAGUGUUCAGAUUGUUGCUGCAGAUGGAGGGUGGGGGAUCAGUAGUGACAUUAUGAAAGAUCCUGUUCUGAGAGAUGCGAUCACAUACAUUGGAACUCACUACCCAGGGACUGUUUCAAGCAAUGAAGCAAAGAUGACAGGCAAACAACUCUGGUCUUCAGAAGACUACAGUACAUUUAAUGAUGAAGUUGGGGGUGGCUGCUGGGCUAGGAUUCUGAAUCAGAAUUAUGUGAAUGGAUAUAUGACAGCGACAAUUUCCUGGAAUCUAAUAGCCAGUUACUAUGAGAGUUUACCAUUUGGGCGUGAUGGUCUGAUGACAGCCGAAGAGCCUUGGAGUGGCCAUUAUGUUGUGGAUACUCCUAUAUGGGUCUCAGCCCAUACUACUCAGUUCACAAACAUUGGCUGGAAGUAUCUGAAGCAUGGCAUGGGAGUGGGGAAGCUGGCAAAAGGGGGGAGUAUGGUGACCCUUACCAGCCCUGACAUGAAGGAACUCACCAUUGUCAUAGAAACCAUGAGUCACAACCACUCCAAAUGUAUCCGUCCUGCACUGCCAGCGUAUGAUGUGGCUCCACAGAAUGUCACCAUCAACCUCAAAGGAUCUUUUGGUAGUAUAACUGAGCUGAAUAUGUGGACCAGUAAAAUAGGCUUCAAUGGUCAGGCCAGCGCAAUGUUCAAGAAUAUGGGUAAAAUCAAGGCUGGUUCAUCAUUUACAGUAGCUCUUGAUGUUGAUGAGAUAGUUACCCUGACAACUGUGAAUACAGGGAUGAAGGGGACCUACCCUGACUCUCCAGCAUCCAAACCAUUCCCAACACAGUAUAAGGAUGACUUCCAGUCCUACCCUGAAUUCUCAGAGCCGUUCAACAUAGCACCACAGAUUGGUGUGUUUGAGAUCAGGAUGUCUCAGGACCCAGCACAUGCAAAGUAUCUCAAGCAAGUAGUUCUACAGCAGCCAUGUGAUUGGUGUUCUCAGGAUAACAAUAAACCAAUAGCUAUCAUUGGAGAUGCCUGGAGUGAUUUAACUGCCCAGAUUGACUUCUCGAUUCCUAAAGUGAAUGGUAGCUCAGGACCAUUUAUUGCCCUACGUGUGGAUAGAGGGGGCUGUGGGGCAUACCAGGCCCAGGGUUUGUUCUUCUGGGUCACUACAACUACCAACAUGUACUAUCUGUCCAGUGAUCUAGCUCAUGAAAAACUGCUUGCUCAUGGUUCAGCAACUGUCAACACUGAUGCUUGGUACACACUGAAGCUUACUGCUAAGGGCAACAUGGUCACUGGUGAACUAAGUGGUAAACAGCUGUUCUCUAUUGAUGUCAGCAAAGCAGGAGCGCCAUCUAAAGGUUUUGCCGCAUUUGGAACCAUGGACUUUGGCUAUGGAGAAUUUGACAACUUCAUGAUAAACUAAAUCAAUGCUCAAGGCCAAAAAAUGUGUGUAAUAUGAUACUGACCCAAAAUCAUUGUUCAAAAAUUAAUAAGUUGAUGUAGAUUAUAUCCAAUAUUUACUCAAGUCUCAUACUUAAUUGAGUGCCUUGCACAAAACUGAAAGGUGUGAAACAAAUGAACAAAGUACAACAUUCUUUUUUCGCAACACAUAUGUAAAGGUCUUAUAUAAUGCAUGUAUCACCAUUUUGGGGUUUACAUCAAUGCUGAAUCAAUUUUGGACAUGUAAAAUAUACUUUUACAAUUAUUUGUCAUUUUCGUGUAGUCCAGAUUGUGUAUUCAUUCAUGAAUUAUAUUUAUAUAUGACCUAUAUUUGAUACAUGUGCUCAUACAUUUGUUUUGUCUGAGUACCAGGAUUGUGCCAAGCCACAAAUAUCCAAAUAAGAUAACACUAGGGCACAUAUUGUACUGUUUGUCAGAGAUUCUUUAUUUUUGAUAUAGCUUAGUUAUAAGUGUGAUCCAUUAAGAGGGGUAGGGAAUCUACAUUGUAUUUUAUGUUGCCAAAUUUCUUUGAUGUCUUAUUUUUAGUUAUUCCGUGAUUUUCAGUUUGUGAAGUUUACAAAUUAUUUCAUUAUUUACACAUCAUGAGGUUAACUAUAAACCUCAAGAUUCGAAGCCUCUUAAAACUAAUCUUGGUAGAUCUCCCCCUUAGCUACUUACACUGCCUUUUAGAUAUUGUUCAUAGUGAUUGAAUUGUUAUGUGUUACAUCACAUAUAAAUUGUGUAGUUGAUAUGGGUAGUGCAAUAUUAAAUUCAUUGUAUAGUCCCAGCUGUAGAUUAUUCAUCAGAUUGAAUUAGAACUUACAGAUCACUGUGUUAAUGAUUUGGGAGCUGAAUGAAAAAAGAUGAAUGUUCAAAUCUAACAUUCAUUAAUCAUUGACAUUAUUUUUGAGAAGUUUAUAUGAAAAUAUUAGCUCAAUAUGAUAGAUAAUUUACAAUUUUAAUUCCCACAGAUUUUAAGUACACCUGUUGAGUGUAGGUGUACAUGUUCAAUACAUAUGUAUAAAUGUAAGUA